AUCGGUUUCCUUCAGUGCGCAAGAUGGAUUGCCCAAUGAUUAUUUGUUCAUUGCUCCUAGUAACGGCAAUCAUUGCUGAAGCAAACGGACAAAGUAGUCCGGUUUCGUGUACCUUCAAUUAUUUGAGUGAUGCAGAGAGACAUUUUGGCAAUGCGUUUGCAGUGGGCUUUAAAAAGGAAAAAAUGUCGAACCAAGCUAAACAGAUCCUUUGGUGUCUCAAAUCCCCCGAAACUCCCGUCAUCUUGUCGCAGAUACCCAAUUGUGUGAAGCCUGAAGAUUGUUUACUGUGCCGAGUGGCUUUAUCAACGUUGAUCGCCAGUUACAAACAGGUUGAACAGGCUGACAGUACUAAGGUACAGGCAACCAUGCAAAUGGUUACCGGAGGGCUCUGUCAAGCGGCCGGAUUUGCCGAAGAUUACUGUAAAGAUUUGGUGAAGCUGUAUUUGGGUCCAAUCAUUGAAAUCCUUCGCAGAAGACCGAACAUAACCGCAAACGACGUUUGUUCGAUGGCCUUUGGUCCGGAUGGUUGUACCCAAGGAAGCAUGUUCAAGGAUCCGUCUUUCAAACCGGUCACGAUUCCGGAAACGGACUUCAAGACAGAUGUGUCCGUAUACUAUGAGGACGCAAAUCCAAUCAAAGCGAUUCACCUUACCGACAUUCACUACGAUCCUGAAUACAAGGCGAGCGAGUCCGGCGAAGCGCUGCGAAAUUGUAAGAAAACGCUAGGUUGUUGUAGGGCUACAACGGGAUCGACUUAUGAGUGGGGUAGCUACCAGUACUGUGAUACACCUAGGAAAUUGCUUGAAAAUAGUUUUCAGAGUAUAAACAGUGCGCAUCCUGAUGCAGCGUUCAUCUACGUUACGGGAGAUCUAAUAAGGCAUCACUUAGUGGAAGUCGAUUUCGAAGUCUUUAAGAGGGACGCCAAGUUUGUUUUUCGAAAGCUGAUGGAUUCAUUUCCCAACAAACCGAUUCUAUUUGCUGUAGGCAACCACGAUACCGAUGUUUUUGGAAUGUUUUCACCGGAGCGAUGGAACUUGAAAUCGGUUGGACAGAGUGAAGUUUACAAAUUUCUCAAGAAGUGGAUCGAGAAGCUCUGGAACAAUGGUAAAAGUGAGGAGAAAAUUCAGUGGCCAAAGAUAGCGGCCGAAGGUUAUUACUCGGUUUUGUUGAACGAUCAGCUCAGGGUUGUAGUUCUGAACAGUAACGUCGCCUAUUUCUACAACUGGUGGCUCUUAGUGGAACAUUUCUACGACGAUCAACUCCAAUGGCUUCAGGAUGUUCUGCGAGACGCGGAGAUGGAACACGAAAAAGUGCACAUUCUAUCGCACAUUCCACCGAAUCAUUUUUCGUUGCUCCCCGGAUGGUCCGAACAGUUCCAGCGAAUCGUUCAUCGUUACCGGAAAACUAUCGCGGCUCAGUUCAAUGGCCACUCGCACUUUGACGACUUCACCCUUUUCUACGAUCUUGAUGACCCAUCAAAACCCAUAAACGUCGCUUGGAAUGGAGGAUCGAUCACUCCACAUGUGGCUAGGAAUCCAAAUUACCAUGCGCUUACAAUCAGUGGUCAAACUAUGGAAGUCACCGCUCUGGACAUCCACUCCCUAGACUUGACGGCUACCAACAAGCAGAAUAAGGCGAAUUGGUCCUUGCUCUACUCUCUUCCCAAGGCUUUUGAAAUUGAGGACCUCAGCCCGGAAUCCCUUAAUAAGCUGGUGCUGAGCAUGGCCGAUGAAGAGUGCCUGCUAGACGAGCUGUUCAAGAUGAAGACACGUAACGGACCUCGCUUCCAGUUGCCCAUCAAAGCGGAAUGUAAGGAGGCGGUCCUGUGCGAUUUGGUCAGCACCAACUGGGCCAACCGGACCAAGUGCGACUAUCUGUUGAAAGGCGUCGCUUGGCCGCGGUCUGGCGGGAAACAUUGUCGGUUGCAGUAAUUUUCGAGAAAUGUAACUCUCCGAUUUUUCAUAGAAUGAAAGCUAAUUCUACUUAAUUCGGGAAUGUUUCAAUAAAUUUAUAUAUGACUAUUAUUCCUGAUCCAAAAAUAGAAUUUCGAAAAUUGGUAAAAAAAUCUUUGAAAUUACUGUAAACAUUUGCAGAAACAUCAUUCA